AUGUCGACUCUCGAGGAGCUCGAUGAUCUCGACCGCCGAGACAAGGAUGACAAGAAGAGAGAAGGCGACGACAAGAACCAGAAGAAGCCCACUGAUGGCGACGCCGACAUGAAAGAUGCUGAAGAAGAGGAUGAUGACAUCCUUGACGAAGAGAUCCUCGGGCUUAGCACACAAGACAUUCAGACUCGUAAGCGUCUGCUUGAGAACGACUCCCGAAUCAUGAAGAGCGAGCUCUCUCGGUUAUCGCAUGAGAAGGCUGCUAUGGGGGAAAAGAUAAAGGAAAAUCUGGACAAGAUCGCCAAUAACAGACAACUCCCAUACCUCGUUGGCAACGUUGUUGAGCUGCUCGAUCUCGAUCCAACUGCUGAAUCAUCAGAGGAGGGUGCUAACAUUGAUUUGGACGCGACCCGAGUUGGAAAGUCUGCCGUUAUCAAGACAUCGACCCGCCAAACAAUCUUCCUCCCUUUGAUUGGUCUUGUGGAUGCCGAUACGCUGAAGCCUGGUGACCUUAUUGGAGUUAACAAAGAUUCCUAUCUCAUUCUCGACACGCUCCCCGCUGAAUACGACAGCCGUGUCAAGGCUAUGGAAGUUGAUGAGAAGCCGACAGAACAAUACACUGAUGUUGGUGGACUGGACAAGCAGAUCGAAGAGUUGGUGGAGGCUAUUGUAUGGCCGAUGAAGGAAGCCGAAAGGUUCAAGAAGAUUGGGAUCAAGGCUCCCAAAGGUGCACUCAUGUAUGGCCCACCUGGUACUGGCAAAACGCUACUGGCACGAGCCUGUGCGGCCCAAACAGAUGCUACCUUCUUGAAGCUAGCAGGACCUCAACUAGUCCAAAUGUUUAUCGGUGACGGUGCCAAGCUUGUCCGAGAUUGCUUUGCACUGGCCAAGGAGAAGGCACCCGCUAUCAUUUUCAUUGAUGAGCUGGAUGCCGUUGGUACUAAACGUUUCGACAGCGAAAAGAGCGGUGAUCGAGAGGUACAGCGAACUAUGUUAGAACUACUGAAUCAGCUUGACGGUUUUGCCUCAGAUGAUCGGAUCAAGGUGCUGGCUGCGACAAACCGUGUGGACGUUCUCGAUCCUGCGCUGCUCCGUUCUGGUCGACUUGACCGCAAGAUCGAAUUUCCUCUGCCUAACGAGGAGGCUCGUGCUCAGAUUUUGAAGAUUCAUUCUCGCAAAAUGAGAGUCGACCCUGGGGUCAACUGGGGCGAAUUGGCACGCAGCACGGACGAGUUCGGAGGUGCAAUGCUAAAGGCUGUGUGCGUAGAGGCUGGAAUGAUUGCUUUGCGAUCUGGGAAGAACAAGAUUGGUCACGAGCAUUAUGUCGAUGCCAUUGCCGAGGUGCAGGCCAAGAAGAAGGACACUGUCAACUUCUACGCCUAG